AUGGGACCAUCAAGGCAGUCCUCAAGGCCGUCUUUGAGAAAAGCUUCGAGCGUGGCCAGCUAUGACAGGGAUAUGCAGCCAGCAGACCCUCUGGCGAGGGUCACCAGUAUGAACUCGGAGAGGGAACAUGUCGAAGAGGAAAAAGAAAUCGCCGAGGCCGCAUUACAAGGCCACAGGGUUGACCAAGAUGAGGACGACUACGAUGAUGCCGGUGAGGCAAUGGAUGACUACCAUUCCGAGAGCGACAGCAACAACGAGAAGGAAAAAGUAAAGGGCACGACAGAAACACGGCAGGAAGUUCACCGGACACGGAGUUAUGCGACAGACGCCAGCGCCACUACUCAGGCGACAAGUCAUCAAGGCGCAGACGAGCGCCAGGCCAAGAAGCCAUGGUACAAGAAGGUCAACCCCCUGCGAUGGGGCAAGGUCCCGCCAGUGCCCGAGGAGCGCGAUGUGUCGCACGAGUACAAGGCCAGCUUCCUCAGCCAGCUGUUCUUCAUGUGGCAAGGGCCGCUGAUGGUGACGGGCUACAAGCGGCCGCUGGAGCAGAAGGACAUCUGGUCCGUCAACCCGAACCGCAGCGUCAUCAAGAUGUCCAAGGAACUCAACGCCUCCUUCAAGAAGCGCAGGGACGCCGGCGACAAGUACCCGCUGCUGUGGGCACUGCAUGAGGUCUACUUCUUCGAGUUCUGGCUCAGCGGCGCCUGCCAGCUCUCGUCGACCAUCAUGCAGGUCAUGUCGCCCUUCACUCUGCGGUAUCUGAUCCAGUUCGCGACCGAUGCGUACAUAGCGCAGACGACGGGUGCCCCGGCGCCGAACAUCGGCAGGGGCUUGGGGUUGGUGUUUGGCGUGACGGCUAUGCAAAUAUUGCAGAGUCUGGGGACGAACCACUUCAUCUAUCGCGGUAUGUUGAUCGGCGGCAUGUCAAGAGCUGCCCUAAUCAGCUUGAUCUACGAGAAGUCCAUGUCUGUGUCGGGCCGGGCCAAGGCGGGAGGUAGGUCGCUCACUGAUAACCCGGAGAAUGGGAAUGGGGCUGUCAACGGAGAUGAGAAGCCGGAUGAGAAGAAAAAGAAAAAGAAGGGCAAGGACGGCAAGAAGCAGGAUAAUUCUCCGCCCAAGGCUGGUGUUCUUGGAGACGGGAUCGGCUGGGGUAACGGCCGAGUGGUCAGCUUGAUGAGUGUCGACACCUACCGUAUCGACCAGGCCUGCGGUCUCUUCCAUCUCAUCUGGACCGCUCCGCUGUCGUGUCUCAUCACGCUCGCCCUGCUGCUCGUCAACUUGACGUACAGCGCUCUCUCCGGCUUCGCCCUGCUGGUCAUCGGCAUGCCCUUGCUCACCAGGGCUAUCAAGAGCCUGUUCCGGCGCCGGAUGGUGAUCAACAAGGUGACCGACCAGCGCGUGUCCCUGACGCAGGAGAUCCUGCAGUCCGUGCGCUUCGUCAAGUACUUUGGGUGGGAGAGUUCGUUCCUCGGCCGGCUGGCCGAGCUGCGCGGCCGGGAAAUCGGCAUGAUCCAGAAACUCAUGUCCCUGAGGAACGCCAUCAUGGCCGUCUCCCUCUCGCUGCCCAUCUUCGCGUCUAUGCUUUCCUUCAUCACCUACACGCUCUCGAACCACGGCCUGGCCGCCGCCGAGGUUUUCAGCUCCCUGGCCCUGUUCAACGGCCUGCGAAUGCCGCUCAACCUGCUCCCACUCGUCAUAGGCCAGACAACCGACGCCUGGAACUCGCUGAAGCGUAUCCAGGAGUACCUGCUGCUGGAAGAGCAGGCCGACGAGGCGACGUUCAAGGCCGAAGCGCCCAGCGCGGUAGAGAUGCGCGACGCAAGCUUCACGUGGGAGCGCACGCCGACGCAGGAGAACGACCAGGUCCCCGGCGGCAAGAAGCAGGGCAAGAAAACACCGCUCAAGGAGAAGAACGGCAAGGGCCCAAAGGCGUCGCCGCCGGCCGAGAUGGACGACAACGGCAGCACCCUGGUGGAGGAGCGCGAGCCGUUCAAGCUGCACGACAUCGGGUUCGAGAUCGGCCGGAACGAGCUGGUCGCUGUCAUCGGCACUGUGGGUAGCGGCAAGACGUCGCUUCUCGCUGCGCUGGCUGGUGACAUGCGCAAGACGAGUGGUGAGGUGGUACUGGGUGCCUCGAGGGCUUUUUGUCCUCAAUAUGCGUGGAUCCAGAACACUACCGUGAAGGACAAUAUCCUGUUCGGAAAGGAUAUGGAUCGGUCGUGGUAUAAAGAAGUGAUCAAAGCCUGUGCUUUGAAGCCUGAUCUGGACAUGUUGCCCAACGGUGACGCGACUGAGAUUGGCGAGAGAGGAAUCACCAUCUCAGGUGGUCAAAAACAGCGGUUAAACAUCGCGCGCGCCAUUUACUUCGAUGCCGAUAUCAUUCUCAUGGACGACCCUCUCAGCGCCGUCGAUGCCCACGUUGGCCGCCACAUUUUCGACAACGCAAUCCUGGGCUUGCUCAAGGACAAAUGUCGUAUCCUGGCCACGCACCAACUGUGGGUGCUCAACCGCUGCGACCGGAUCAUCUGGAUGGACCAGGGCCGCAUUCAAGCCAUCGACACCUUUGACAACCUCAUGAAGGAGCAUGUCGGCUUCCAGCAGCUCAUGGAGUCAACCGCGCUGGAGGAGAAGCAGGAGGGUGCCGAGGUUGGUCAGAUGCCUGAUGCGAAUGAAGCCAAGGGCAAGAGAAAGAAGGGCAAGAGCCUGAUGCAGUCCGAGGAACGCGCGGUGGCCAGUGUGCCGUGGUCUGUAUAUGGCGAUUACGUUCGCGCGUCGGGGUCGCUGUUCAACGCAUUCCUGAUUUUCGUUCUUCUCGUCGUCUCGCAGGCUGCAAAUAUCAUGACCAGUCUCUGGCUGUCGUGGUGGACGUCCGACCAGUACAAACUCUCGCAAGGGCAGUAUAUAGGCAUCUACGCCGGCUUGGGGGCCGUGCAGGCCCUUCUCAUGUUCUCUUUCAUGGUUACGCUGACGAUUGUUGGUACCUCCGCUUCAAAGAGCAUGCUGCGCGAUGCCAUCACGCGGGUACUCCGCGCCCCGAUGUCCUUCUUCGAUACCACGCCGCUGGGCCGGAUCACGAACCGCUUCUCGCGGGACGUGGACGUCAUGGAUAACAACCUGUCGGACGCGAUGAGGAUGUAUUUUUUCUCCGUCGCGGCCAUCCUGUCGACCUUUGCGCUCAUCAUCGCAUACUUCCACUACUUCGCCAUCGCACUGGUGCCACUGUUCUUCCUCUUCCUCUUCGCAACAAGCUACUACCGUACCUCUGCCCGCGAGGUCAAGCGUUUUGAGUCUGUCUUCCGGUCUAGCGUCUUCGCCAAGUUCGGCGAGGGCCUGUCUGGUGUUUCUUCGAUCCGGGCGUACGGCCUGAAGGACCGCUUCAUCGACGACCUACGCAUCGCCAUCGACGAGAUGAACGCUGCGUACUACCUGACCUUCAGCAACCAGCGCUGGCUGUCGGUGCGCCUCGACGCCAUCGGCAACGCCCUGGUCUUCACGACUGGCAUCCUCGUCGUCACCGAGCGGUUCAACGUACCGCCAUCCAUCGGCGGCCUCGUGCUGUCGUACAUCCUCGCCAUCGUGCAGAUGAUCCAGUUCACGGUGCGGCAGCUCGCUGAGGUGGAGAACGGCAUGAACGCGGUGGAGCGUCUGCGGUACUACGGCACGCAGCUGGAGGAGGAGGCGCCGCUGCACACGGUCGAGGUGCGGCCGACGUGGCCCGAGAAGGGCGAGAUCAUCUUCGACAACGUCGAGAUGUGCUACCGCGAGGGCCUGCCGCUCGUGCUCAAGGGCCUGGACAUGCACGUGCGGGGCGGGGAGCGCAUCGGCAUCGUGGGGCGGACGGGCGCUGGAAAGAGCUCCAUCAUGAGCACGCUAUUCCGGCUCGUCGAGAUCUCGGCCGGCCGCAUCACCAUCGACGGCGUCGACAUCUCCACCAUCGGGCUCAACGACCUACGCAAGCGCCUCGCCAUCAUCCCGCAGGACCCGACCCUCUUCCGUGGCACGGUGCGCAGCAACCUGGACCCCUUCAACGAGCACGACGACCUCGAGCUGUGGUCGGCGCUGCGGCAAGCAGACUUGGUGAGCGAUGCCACGCCCGGGUCGGACUCCUCAUCCCCCACCACCGCCGCGGCGGCGGGGGCAGCCAAGGACCCGUCGCGGAUACACCUGGACAGCGUGGUGGAGGAGGACGGGCUGAACUUCUCGCUGGGCCAGCGGCAGCUGAUGGCGCUGGCGCGGGCGCUGGUGCGGGGCAGCCAGAUCAUCGUGUGCGACGAGGCGACGAGCUCGGUGGACAUGGAGACGGACGACAAGAUCCAGGCGACGAUCGCGAGCGGGUUCCGCGGCAAGACGCUGCUGUGCAUCGCGCACCGGCUGCGCACCAUCGUCGGCUACGACCGCAUCUGCGUCAUGGACCAGGGCCGCAUCGCCGAGCUGGGCCCGCCGCUCGAGCUGUGGGCCGACGAGGGGGGCAUCUUCCGCGGCAUGUGCGAGCGCAGCGGCAUCCGUCUCGAGGAUAUCCGCGGCGCCAAGGAGGGCCUCCGCGCUGCUGAGGCUGAGGGCGGUGAUGGUGUUGGGAGGGUGCGGAGCUGGGAUGACGAGGAGCGCAGAGAUGAGAAGUCGUGA